AUGGCGGAUUCUAAUCCCACACGCGAGGAGGACGCGUUUGAAGAGGAGGAGCUCGAUGAGACGAGCUUCAUAUCUGUCAAAGAUGCCGUGCUCUUCGCCAUCGACGUCAGCAGCUCGAUGCUGACGCCUCGUCCAUCCUCCGACCCCAAGAAACCCGGCGAAGAAUCUCCAACGUCUGCAGCUCUGAAGUGUGCAUACCAUUUGAUGCAGCAACGCAUCAUCAGCAACCCCCAUGACAUGAUCGGCGUCUUGCUGUAUGGAACCAAGUCGUCCAAGUUCUACGAUGAAGAUGACGAAAGUCGUGGAGAUCUUUCAUAUCCCCACUGUUAUCUCUUUACAGACCUCGGGAUUCCGUCGGCGCAGGAGGUCAAGGAACUACGAGACCUGGCAGAGGAUGAAGCGGGUGCGCGCGAAAUCCUGAUGCCGUCAGAGGAACCAGUGUCUAUGGCCAAUGUUUUAUUCUGUGCGAAUCAGAUAUUCACGUCCAAGGCUCCCAAUUUCCUGUCCCGACGACUGUUCAUCGUCACCGACAAUGACAACCCACAUGAAGACAACAAGUCGCUUCGAUCAGCUUCAACGGUUCGUGCGAGGGAUUUGUACGAUCUAGGCGUCACAAUAGAAUUGUUUCCCAUCUCUGGGCCCGAUCACGAAUUCGAUAUGGCCAGGUUCUAUGAUGAUAUCAUCUACAAAACAUCACCCAGCGACGGGGAGGCGCCUGCUUACUUGAAACCCGACACCAACACAUCCACAGCCAAAGGAGAUGGGAUUUCAUUGCUCAAUUCCCUAUUGUCUAGCAUCAACUCCAGAUCAGUCGCCCGGCGGGCGCUGUUUUCGAAUGUUCCCCUCGAACUCGGACCCGAUUUCAAGAUUUCAGUUAACGGAUACCUGCUACUAAAACGACAAGAACCUGCAAGAAGUUGCUUUGUUUGGCUUGGAGGAGAGACUCCUCAGAUUGCACAGGGUGUCACCACUUUGAUGGCCGAUGAUACUGCACACACCGUCGAGAAGGGGGAGGUUCGGAAAGCGUACAGAUUUGGCGGCGAGCAGGUUUCCUUUACGACCGAAGAGCAACAGGCAUUACGGGGUUUCGGCGACCCCGUGAUUCGAAUCAUCGGGUUCAAGCCACUGGCUGCGCUCCCGUUCUGGGCCAACGUCAAACAUCCCACGUUCAUUUAUCCCUCUGAAGAGGACUACGUUGGCUCAACACGGGUUUUCUCUGCGCUACAGCAAAAGCUCCUCAAGGAUGAGAAAAUGGCUUUGGUCUGGUUUAUUCCUCGCAAAAACGCGACGCCAGUCUUGGCUGCUAUGAUUGCCGGCACUGAGAAGGUGGAUGAGGAUGGCGUGCAGAAAGUUCCUCCGGGAAUGUGGAUUAUCCCGCUGCCCUUUGCGGAUGAUGUCCGACAGAAUCCAGAGUCUACCUUGAAUGUGGCUCCAGAUCCAUUGAUUGAUUCCAUGCGGGAGGUGAUUCAGCAGUUACAACUUCCAAAAGCUGUCUAUGACCCCCAAAAGUACCCAAAUCCUUCUCUUCAAUGGCAUUAUCGCAUUCUUCAAGCCCUUGCUCUGGAUGAAGACCAUCCUGGAACGCCAGAGGACAAGACCGUACCUAAAUAUCGACAGAUCCAUAAGCGAGCGGGCGACUAUGUCCUUGCAUGGUCCGAAGAACUUGACAAACAGUUUUCCAAAAUGUUUGACGGCGCAGGAACAACAACCCUGGUCAAAAGAGGCGCAAAAGAGCCAACAGGCGAUGCUGACGGGCCCCCAGCCAAGAAAGCGAAAGUCGACGGGGGCACCUCUGGCAUUGAUGACGAAGUCCGAAGGAGUUACGAGAAGGGAGCGGUGUCCAAGCUCACCAUGCCUGUGUUGAGGGAGUUCUUGACUGCGCAUGGACGGACUGGUGCCGGAUUGAAGAAGGCAGAGCUCGUGGAUCGAGUGGAGCAGUAUUUCGAGCAAAAAUCCUAA